CUUAAACUUGUCACUUGCGUGAAAUAUGUCUAUGACCUUGUAUUACUCCCCAGCUUCACCACCGAGCCGAGCAGUUUUGCUCACCCUCAGGAAUUUGGGGCUGGAAUUUGAACGUAAAGUUAUCAACAUGAUGGCCGGUGAAAAUAAGUCAGAUGAAUUCUUGAAGAUAAAUCCGCAGGGAACAGUUCCAGUUGUUGUUGAUGAUGACUUCGCAAUGAAUGAAUCCAGGGCAAUUUGUUGCUAUUUGGUUAAUGCCAAAAGUCCUGAUAAUUCUCUUUACCCAACUGAUGACAUUAAGGCUAGAUACAUUAUCGAUCAACGCUUGUUCUACGAUGCCUCGACAUUCACGAGCGCUUUAACUGGAGCUUUGGUUCCCAUAAUGCGAAAGGGCGAGACUGUCAUUCAGCAAGAGCAUAAAGACAAAAUUUUAUCCGUCUUGAAUACCCUCGAGUCAUUCCUCGAUGGAUACGAGUGGUUUUCAGCAUCCGACAAUGUCAGCAUUGCAGACUUGUCAAUUCUUGCUAAUUUCUCGACUAUCUACCAUAUUGGACUGGAUUUAGCUGAUUAUCCAAACGUUUCUGCUUGGUAUGAACGUUGUAAGGAAUUGCCAGGAGCCGAUGAGAAUGAAAAAGGUGCAAAGAUGUUUGCAAUGUUCUUAAAAAGUAAAUUAACAGAGCCAUUUUAAAUAGAAAUGAUAAUCUUGAGAGACAUUAGUGGGAUGUGAGAGUCAUAUAAAUAACUUUAUGUAGCUCAUAAAAGUUCUUUUACGUGGCAAUUAAAGAUGAU